AUGGAUGCAGAUGAUCAGCAGGCGCCCGUGACAUUGGAGUUGUCUGAUGGGAGAUUGGAGAGGUCCCGCAGGGUCCAGGCCGUCCCGCAGGCCUUUGAAACCUGGAGGUUGGACUUCUACGCUGGAGGGCAUGGGGCAGUGCACGUCUCCGAGUUUGCGGACUGCCGUGUUCUAGGUGAAGCCCAGGAUGCUUAUCUUCGACCGGCCAACAAGAGGGAUCUGGGACACCGAUGCAACUACUGCAAGCGUCCGUUCAGCCUCUUGGGCCUGGACUUGGUGGCGGAGCGUCGUGGAGUGGCCGGGCCCACGCAGAGGUUUCAUCCUGAAUGUUGGGACGCGCGCGUCGAUCAACGCAGGCUUCUCUUCCGUGGUCGAAGCCGGCGGAAUGUGGAUGAACCAG